AUGUGGGGGCAGCAUUUGUAUGAACUAGGGGCAAGAAAGGUGACGGUUGUUGAAGUGGGGCAGAUAGAAUGCCUUCCAAGACAAAUUAGCAAGUGUGGUAGCUGUGCACAAGAGCAGAACGAAGCCGCCUCGACGUUUGAUUCAAAGCUCAGAUCACUGGUUUCUCACUUCAAUUCACAGUUCUCCGGCGACGCCUCCUUCAUUUUCGUCAACAUCACCGCCAUCACCACCCUUAACCCUCACUUUCUGGGGAUUGAAGGUUCAGAAGUCUUCUUGUUGCCGAAAGUUGGUGUCGUUUACUGGGCUCUGGUGAUGGCGGUGGCUGCAACUUAUUAUGCAGAGGGAAAGCCCUGUAUGUACAUAUUUGGAGACUCUUUGUCUGAGCAUGGAAAUAACAACCUCCUUCCCACCUUGGCUAAAUACAAUUACCCUCCCUAUGGCAUCGACUUCCCUUUCGGAGCCACCGGAAGAGCCACCAAUGGCCGCACUGUGGUUGAUGUGAUUACAUUCGCAGCUGAACUUAUGGGGUUGCCGUUGAUUCCACCCUUUGCAAAUACAAGAGGUUCAGAUAUUCUGAAAGGGGUUAAUUAUGCUUCUGGUGCUGCAGGAAUUCUCUUUGACACCGGCAAGAAAAUGGGUGCCGAUAUCAGCAUGGACGCACAGAUAAGGAAUCAUGGAAUCACAGCCUCUGCCAUUGCUGCGAGAUUUGGGGGUGUGGAAGCAGCCCGAAGAUACUUAAAUAAGUGCUUAUACUAUGUCAAUAUUGGCAGCAACGAUUACCUAAACAACUAUUUCAUGCCCCAGUAUUACCCAUCAAGCCACAUCUACAACUUAACCCAGUUCACUGAUCUUCUUAUUGCUCAAUAUUCUCGGCAAUUAAGGGCGUUGCAUGCAGUAGGAGGCAGAAAGUUUGCUUUGGUGAGCUUGGGGUCCAUCGGAUGCGCGCCGGCGGUAACUGCAGCAAAUAAUGGCUCGUGUGUGCAACAGCAGAACACAGCGGCCUCCAUGUUUAAUGAAAAGCUCAGACAAUUGGUUGAUCGCCUCAACUCAGACUUCCCUGCUAAUCCCGCCCACCUUCAUUUUUGUCAACACCACUGCCAUCUUCUCCCUCAACCCUGA